AUGGUGCACCUCGCAUCCAUCAUCUCUGUCGGCCUAAUCAGCCUGACAGGCCUCGUAUCCGCCCAUCCAGGCCACGAUAUCAAAGCUGAAGCUGCCGAACGAGCUACAUUCCUACAAAAUGCCCCCAUACACGCACGAAGCCUUUCUCAGUGUGCCUCCAGGCUGAAAGCUAGAGGCCAUGAGAGACGGAAUGUUGCACGUCGCGAGAUGGCCGUAAAACAUCUGCGUCGUCGUCGUGGUAUUGACCAUGCUGGAUCAUAUCUCAAAGCCCGCAGUCUCGCCGAGGAUCUGAAUAUCUCUCACCACUCCAACCUCACGGGUAUCGAUCUCUCCACCGACCCGAGUGUUUUGUUCGCAUCUGGGGGGACUUGUAUUCUCGCUCCCGAUGUUACUCAGGGUCCUUACUAUGUCUCGGGUGAACUCGUUCGCAAAGAUGUCGUCGAGUCUCAGGAUGGUGUCCCUCUUUUCAUGGAUAUCCAGUUGAUUAAUACCAAUACUUGUGAGCCGCUGCCGGAUAUCUACAUGGAUUUGUGGCAUUGCAAUGCUACUGGUGUUUAUUCUGGCAUUGUUGCCGGUGGAAACGGAGACUCUUCUGAUGAAGAGAAUAUCAAUACAACUUGGCUGCGAGGUAUUCAGGCUAGUGAUGAAGAUGGUGUUGUUCAUUUUGAAUCUAUCUUCCCUGGUCAUUAUACUGGUCGGACUCCUCAUAUUCACGUUCUGACCCACCCGAAAAACGAAACCCAGGUCCUCGCCAACGGUACAAUAACAGGCCUCUACAAAACCCACUCGUCAUACGUCGGUCAAACAUUCUUCGAUCAAGACCUAAUCACAGCAGUGGAAUUGACAGCGCCCUACAACGCAAACACUCAACAGCUAACAACAAACGCGGAAGACGGAAUCCUCUCCGAAGAAGCAGAAACCAUUGACCCAUUCAUGGAAUAUGUUUAUCUAGGAGAUGAUGUCUCAGAUGGAAUCUUUGCUUGGAUUUCUGUCGGUGUUGAUCCUACUGCUGAUCGGGAUGUUACUCCUGCUGCUUAUAUCACUGAAGAUGGGGGUGUUUCGAAUCCUGAUUCGGGCAUGGGGGGCCCUGGUGGUGGUGGACCUGGAGGUGCUCCUCCUGGCUUUUCCGGAAGUUCUGGUGCUAGGCCUACUGGCUUUUAG